AUGGCAACCGACCUCCUCAAGUCGCACUCAGGCUAUUCGGUCACUCCCACAGCAGUCUCCCACACCGGCCAGUUACCGUCAAAUCUUCCAUGCGAAGAUACAUGGUGCAGUGGCCAGUACGUGCACUUCAAUGACAGCAGCAAGGACUGGUGUCAAUGGGCGCUAUUCGAUGGCCAUGCUGGGGCACGGACUUCCGAGUUCUUGAAGGAUGCUGUACCCGGAGUCGUUGGAGGCGAUUUGGUGAGAGCUAAAUGUAUGGACAAGCCGUACGUGCCAAACGACAUGCACAUCUUUCGGACCAUCCAAAAGGCAUUCCGCUUUGUCGACGACGAAUUGAUCAACCACGGGAGCAGAUCUAUCGAAUCUGAUUCUGCGGCGCUAUGCGACGUUGUGGCGACGGCGGCAUCGGCCUAUGCCGGAUCCUGCGCCCUGAUGGCCAUCUUCGAUCCCGCAAAGUCGAUCUUGCGCGUGGCCAAUGUGGGAGAUUCUCGCGCUGUUCUUGGGAGAUGGAAUGGCAGCAACUAUGUUGCUGAGCCCAUGUCUACAGAUCACACCGGAUUCAACCAGGACGAGGUCGCGCGCUUGCAAAGUGAGCAUCCUGGCGAGGACGUUGUCGAUCCCAGGACUGGUCGUAUUCACGGACUCGCUGUGAGUCGUGCUUUUGGCGAUGGCAGAUGGAAAUGGGUGGAGUCGAUAACGAAAAAGGCUCACGAGAAGUUUUUCGGACCAGCUCCAAGACCCAAUGGCGUGAUCAAGACGCCGCCUUACUUGACAGCCGAACCCGAAAUCAAGGAGACUCGAGUAAACGAAGGCGAUCACCCAGACUUUCUGAUCAUGGCGAGUGAUGGACUUUGGGACUUGAUGUCCUCGGAAGACGCAGUAACCUGUGUCCAAAUGUGGUUGGGAAAGAACAACCCGAUCCAAUUUCUGCAACAGAAGGAAUCGGCACAAGCACCGAGCUGGGGUACCUUCUGGAAAAGUUCGGAACCACCUGUCGCGCCGCCAACGUAUUACUCUACCCUGGACCUCCUUGGCGAAAAUGAUGAGGUAUAUUACGACGAGAACGAGAAGUGUUUGCGAUGGAAGGUGAGCCCGAAGCACUUUGUCGUCGAAGACGAUAAUUGCGGCGUACAUCUCAUCAAGAAUGCCCUCGGCGGCAAGCGACGGGAUCUGUUCACGGGUGUGCUGACGGUUCAGCCACCGUACAGUCGCAAUGUCCGCGACGACAUUACGGUGCACGUCAUCUUCUUCGGCAUCGACCCGUCUAAGACGACUAAGCAUCUGCGUUCCUAG